AGUUUCUUGAACGCUGAAGGCUGGAGCACAGGUAAAAGGACAGAAGGAAGAACAUUCCAAUAUGAGGGACCCACUGACAGAUUGCUCGUAUAAUAAAGGUUACAAGAACCUAAAGGAGUUUUCUCAAAACGGAGAGGAUUUCUGCAAGCAGGUCACAUCCAUUCUUCAGCAAAGGGCAAACCUGGAGAUUAACUAUUCCAAAGGACUUCAGAAACUGGCAGUCAAGUUAAGCAAAGCAUUACAGACCACAAAAAAAAACUGUCUCGUCAGUGCCUGGGCCUGGGUCUCAGAGGGCAUGAAAUCUGCAGCGGACCUUCACCAAAAACUUGGCAAAGCAAUUGAGUUGGAAGCAAUAAAACCAACUCAUCAAGUCCUGAGCGUACAUGAAAAGAAGAAAAAAUCACUUGAUAAUGAAGUUGAAAAGGCAGCAAAUCUUGUCAUUGGCAACUGGAAUCAACAGCUCAAGGCCAAGAAGAAAUUAAUGGUUAGUACCAAGAAGCAUGAGGCACUUUCCCAACUUGUGGAAAGCUCCAAGCAAACUGUGACUAAGAAGGAGAAGCAGAAGCUCCUCAGUAAACUGAAAAAAUCGACGGAGAAGGUGGCAAAAGAAGAUGAAAAUUACUACCAAAAAAACCUGGCUGGCUGUGCUACCAGACUCAAGUGGGAAAACACACUGGAAAAUUGCUACCAGAGCAUCCUGGAGCUGGAGAAGGAAAGAAUUAAGCUUUUAUACAAUAACUUGAACCAGUACACCCAACAUAUUUCUGUUUUUGGCCAAACCCUGACCACAUGCCACACGCAGAUUCACUGUGCCAUCAGCAAGAUAGAUGUGGAGAAAGACACCCAGGCUCUCAUGGAAGAAACUGCAGUGUCAUCCACAGAAAAUAAAUCUGAGUUCCUAUUGACCGAUUACUUCGUAAGUAUAGAAUGGAAGGAAAUUCCAUUGAUGGGAAACCUCAUUCAUAGGCUGAGUGAUGCAUUUGGAAAAACACUGAGAGCAAUUGAACGAAUGCUGAAAUCCUACUCCAGGGACCCCGCCUUCUCAGACGCAGAGAGCCAAAAAAUCACAGCAGCCUUGAUGGACGAGACCAAUUUGAAACUAGACCUCUUGCAAGCAAACUCCUACAAACUGUCAUCGGUGUUAGCAGAACUGGAGCAGAGACCUCAACCGAGCCAUUCCUGUAGUAACUCCAUCUUCAAGUGGAAAGAAAAGCAACAGACGCAUAGUUAUGUAAAAAUAUCUCGGCCUUUUCUGAUGAAGAGAUUAGAGAAUGUUGUGAGCAGGACGUCUUCUGGUGGGCAGAGAAUCCCAAGUUCCUCAUCCACAGGUAAUCCCUUGCCCACAAUAAUUUGGGGCUGGUUCUGUUGGUAAAGCACAGCACAUUGUGACAUUUACGUUUUAUUUUCAGAGUCACAUGGGCAUCUAUCAGCUGAAAGAAAUUUGCAUUUCGGUUAGGACUGAUUUUGUUAGCAUUUGUAGCUUUCUGUGCAGACAUAAUACAAACUGUGGGAAGGAGUCGAAAAGUGGAGGGUUGAGGGGGAAAAUGCAUGCUAUGAGAAGGUCCCUGAGAUGACUGGCAUUCAUGUUAUUCAGACAGUCUGCAAUUUGCUGUCCAUACAUUCACCCCUGAACCAUUGUGAGAAGCUCUGUCUCCACAGCCUCUUCCAAACUUCCAUGGAAACCCUAUCCUUUCUGUGAGAAACACGGUGAUCCCAAGACCUUCCUACUCCCCUUAUUCAGCUGCCUGACCUUAGCUAUUUCCCAGCCCACACCCCCCACCUUUCACCUUUCAACACUCACACACACACCCACACACUCACA